UGCUGCUUUAUUGCUGCCCGGACCCGGUCGUGCCCGUUAAGCUCCAUCUCCCCAACGCCAUCGAACGGGACGCGGAAAGGGAAGGCACGGUUCGGUACGCUGCAGUUGGAGCCGUUGGCACUUACCCAGACAGUUAGCAGAGCUGCGCCAAUCGACUGCCUGCUGCACCACAACAGCUGGAGCUUGAACAGGUUCCAUUUCGCUGCUGCCACAUCAACUAACCCAACACAACUCGACACCCUCCCUCUCCCUCCAUCACCGCCUCUCAAUCAAUAAACUCAACCCCGCCUGUCGCCCGGACACGGCCUCUCCCGCUUGGUGGUGGCCUCAAACACCUCGUCGGCUCUACUUCCCCUGCCACCAUGUUUGGCGGGUACCUGGGCUACGGCUUUGCUCAUGCCGCGCCGCCUCCGAAGCAGCCCCAGGAUAUUCCGCCUCCCACGCCAGUCAACCUCCCCAGCUACUGUCCCCACGUGGCUGACGAUGAUGGCGGCGACGGCGCCCAAACAUCCCUGACGGCACUGCUUCAGACCGUCAUCCGCCCGGCCGAGGUGACUGACAGGCAUUUCAAAGCCCUGGGCGUCCACGUGACUCCCGACGCCGAAAUCGACGUCCUCAUCCCGGACCCGGCUGUCGUUCCCGAUUUCGCGGCCUGGGAUGAGCUGUCUUUUACGCAGGCUUGUGAUUCGAACCAGUCUACAAGGGUGCGCCUCAACAAUGGUAACAUGUCCCCAGGUGUCCAGGCCUACCAUGAGCGAAUCAAGGAGUUGAGCACCGCCAACGAGGCCGCCUUCAUGACAGUACGGCGCGUGCAUCACGCCCCAGGCCAGCCCCAAGUCCGUUUGGGGAACUCAUACGAGUUCUUCCGUCUCCUCGAGUCCUGCUCUACCUUCUGGGACGACACAUCGGCCCCGCCUGAAUCUGAAUCUGAGGUGGCCAACCGUGACGACCCUGAUGGUUCUGGCGGAAACGCCGUCAAGCCCGGGGCUGGGUACGGUCGCACUGGUGCUGGAUCUUCGAUGCCCCCUGAGAUCCGCGUGAACCUUUUGAGUGCUUUUAUAAAGUUGGUCGCUUACGACUUUGGCUGUAACGUGGCCGGUUCGAGAGUCGAGCCCCGGCUGUAUCUUAACCUGCCCACAAUCCCCGCCCCGGCGCCCGGGGAGGCGUCUGCAACCGCGCCAGGGUCCGCAACGACGGCCUCGAGCAGCCCGAGCGAGCCCGGCCCCCCGCAUGCCGCCGCCCCGGACGCGAGCUCCACCACGGCCCCCGCUCUUACUGGUCGGAGCAGCUACUUCAACUCGGCCUGCCAAUUUGUCCUUCGCACUCCAACCACGCGCGAGGCGGCUCGAGCCGGAAUCGUCGAGGGCCCGCUCGCUGCUGUUUCGGCGCGGCACACUACCAGCUUCAGCCCCCGAGAUGAAUCAGGCUCACCCCCUGGUAGCGGCGACAAGGAGUCCGUCAUGGAUAUGGCGCGAGAGAUCGUUGCAGCACUGUUGACGGCUCAGCACCGCGCGCGGGAGGGGCGAGCCGAAAGACGCGUGGGCCUGGGUACCUGGUGGACCACGCGGCGGCGUUGGGGCGGCGGCGAGGGAGGCCCCAUCGGCCGCGAGGUGGAUUCGAAUUCGGCUACGUCGACCACCACCAGUACCAGCUUCACCAGCACCGCCAUCCCCGUCCGCGCCACUUCUGCGGUGGUAACGAAGCCGAUUGCUACCGCUGCUGGCAUCGGCGCCGAGUCUGCCAAGCCGCCCACGACGCCCGCUGAAGGGAAUGACCCACCCAGCUCGACGGCGCUCCUUGCACCAACCCCAAGCAAUGUCAUGCAGGUGCCAGAGAGAAAGGGGCUCGCCUCUUCAUCGGCGGCGGCUGGGAGUAAGAGCCCACACCACCACCCGGUGCCGUCGCUCUCGACCCGCGGGCAGCGGUCCAAGUCUCGGCGUACAACGCUGGCCACCUACGACAACUACCGCAUGGUGCGGCCACCCUCGUCGUCUUGGGACAGGAAAGUGCGGUACAGCGCCAUAGGGCGUGAUCCGGCCGCCGACUACGACGACGUAUUCGUCGUCAGUGCCGUGUUCCAUCACGUGUCCAUACUGCGUGUGCGCGUUCCGCAGCGCCUGCUCCGGGUGCUCGAAGGAGCGCCCGAGGAGGCCGGCAGCGGCAGGAGCUGGGGAAAGCUCGAGGUCUUUCGCAGCCGCUGGUUCGACUUCUUCGUCGCCGACGACCGCAUCGCGGCCAUGAAGCUGAUCUGGGUCAUGAUGGCGUACCUGAUGCGCAAGGGAGACGAGGCCGACGUGAAGAUGGAUGGCGCUUGAGGAUAUUUUUAUGCCUGAAGCGACCGAAAUCAUAAUAACGCAUGCCUUUCUGUCCAGUCCAACUCCCUUUCCAGAGCCUUGAUUAUACUCUGCUCACAUAGUUAUGGGGCACGAUCCUCUGAGGCCAUGUCCAGCGCUGCUUCUACCAGUGGGAUUUUAUGCUAAUGUAAUCCUACCUAGAAAGUGUUUACAAGACGGGUUUUACGUGAUCAUUCUAGAUUCGCCAACGUGUUGGCUGUUUUUGUCAACUUGUUCCGCGAGGGCGAUGUGAAGGGACUGAGAGUAUCACGUUCGUGUAGACGGCCUGUCUCGCUCACUGACCUUUUCGCUGACCCCAGUCCUGGACUAUUCCGGUUUUGCUCAUAUCACGAGGAGAGGUCAAGGCGGCUGCCGAAGCUGAACAGGAGGUUUUUGGUGCCGGAUUAUACGCCGCGUUUUCCCGGAAGCGGCCUUCGCAUACGUCAAGCUCUUCCCGGUUCCCGGGGUAGAUCG